AUGGAAUAUUUCUCCAAUCCCGAGGCCGAUAGACUCAAGAAGGUUCACGGGGAGAUCGAACAGGUCAAAGAUGUCAUGGUCCAUAACAUCGAGCGUGUACUGGAACGCGGAGAAAGAAUUGAGUUAUUGGUGAACAAGACAGAUAACCUCACUCAGCAGGCGUUUGCUUUUAAGAAACGCAGUACUGCAUUGAAGAUCGAUGUGGUGGAAGAAUACCAAGCUACUGAUCCUUCUG